UCAGUCUUAGAAGUGAAUUAUAUUGGAGAAGACCUUAUAUAAAUCUCUCAUGAAAGUCUCAUGUACAGUCUACAGAUAGGCUAGUUCUAUUACUAUAAAUUUGUAUAAAAUAAUUUAUACUUCAUCCUCACAAUAUUGACUGAAUAUCUGCUAAAGUUCCUGAAAAAAGAAAGUAAUAUCUACAACAUUCCGAACAUCUUCAAAUCUUGUUGAAGAGUUUUAAAAAAUUACAAAAGUUCCUAAAAUAAGAGAGUAAUAUUUAUAACAUUUUCAAAUUUUGUUGAAAUGUUUUGAAAGGAAGUUUUUGUUUUCAAUUGUUGUUAACUCCAAUUUUACAAGUUCCAGUUGUUUUUGAUUUGUUUGGACUAUCUUCCUUCCAAUAUGCAGUGUUUCAUUAUCAACAUUGUAAUUCUUGUAAAUCUAUUUUGUUUCUUUGCGGUGUUUGUUUCAUCAAAGAAGAUACCCGACUACGUCCCAGUAUGCAAGAAAAGCAAUCCUCAAUUCGAAAAAUGUAUACUAGAUGCCAUUGAAGUGGUAAGGCCGCAUCUCAGUAAAGGAAUUGCAAAAAUGAAGAUCCCUCCCAGCGAGCCUCUAGUGAUUCCCAUGUUGGAAAUCGUUCGAGAUUUGGAGUCUUUGAGAGUGAACGCCAAACUUAAAGAUAUCAAAGUCUAUGGAGUGACUUCGUUUGUCGUGAAGAAACUGAAAGUGGAUUUGACGAAAUUGGCAGUAGAUAUGACAGUGAUGAUACCCAACAUGUAUGUGACCGCUGAAUAUGAUGUAGAUGGCCGUCUGAUGAUUGUACCCCUCAGGGGCAAAGGCUUGUUCAAGGGAAAUUUCACCAAUUCGGAAGCAGACAUUAAAGGUACAGCAAAAACAAUUACUAACAAGAAAGGAACAGAGUUCAUACAAAUCAAAGACAUCAAAGCUAAGAUAAGAGUUGGAGACAGUGCUAUUAAAUUUAACAACCAGGACAGAGAAAAUGCUGCUAUCACUGAAACUGCAGCCAACUUUAUAAACCAAAACAAGAGGGAGGUGUUAAGGAUUAUCUCACCGAUAGUAGAGGAGACAAGUGAAGCAUUCAUCGUGCAAUUUGGAAAUGCGAUAUUUAGAGCAGUCCCCAUGGCCGAGAUGUUACCAGAAUAAAAUUGAAUUUGGGAGGAUUUUGCUCUAAAUUUGAUUCUCUAGUAACCAAAUUUUAAUAAGUUAUGCCUUCUGAAGUUACCACCCAUGGACUGUUAUUUUUUAUUUCUGUGGAGCUCGAAGAGAACUGGAGGG